GUCCCAGAAGAUUCCAUGAGUUUCCUGUUAACGAUCCCGGGUAUAAUCCGAACCAGGACCGCAUGUGUGCGAGGAGGGAAAGUCUCCCCGCUCAGUCUCUCUCUGCUGGUGAAAAAGGCCACCGUCUCUGCUGUUCUUUUACCUAACUUGAGCGCCGCUAACCAACUACAGCCAACCCCCAAUCAACCCGAGUCAGCGAGGAUGCUUCGUCUCCACAAGUUCCACUUGCCUCUGCUGCUGUUGGCCGUUCUGUGGAGCUGCCCAGGUUGGCUCACCGCAUGGCCGGGCAUCAGUCGCAGCAAGCCGCCCAAGGGUCAGCUGGACCCCAAUGUCAAGGAGUGGGGGGACUACUCGGACCUCCCCCCGGGCAUCGAGCACGGGUUGGACUUGGAGGAAGAUCACGCAGGCAACAGAGGGGUCGGAAAGUCCUCAGUCAGCCUCGCUCCGGAGCUGGAUUUCCUGACAGACUUUGCAGGUAUAAAGCGACUGUGGGUGAUAACAGCCCCGUCACACAAUGACCACUACCUUCGUAUGAUGGAAAAACAGUUGGAAGACAUGGAGCAGAAAGGGCUGAACUGCCGUCUGGCAGAAAGAGACACAUUCAUCAUCACCAUCAUCCAGAAUGCAAUGAUGGAAGGUCGAAUCCAGAAAACAACUUUCCAAGGAGACGCCACAGUGGAGAGCCUGGACCCCGACACAGUGAGCAAACUGCUGCACUACCUGGAGCUUACCGGCCAGGAGCAAGGGUUCACCAUGCUGGUUCUGAAGAAGAACCUUCAAGUCAGUGAGCGCUUCCCUUAUCCGGUCCGCGUCGAUGCGAUUUUGGAGCUCAUUGAUCAGUUUCCCGUGAGGAAGCUGGAGAAGAUGACCAGAAAAGGAUCAAACUUGAGGUGUAAAACCACCAAAAAGAAGGUUGUGACGAAAAAAAGAAAGAUGAAGAAGAAGAUCCUGAGUCCUCAGAGGCGAGGUAAUCUGACUUCCGUUGUGGCCUUACAAAUAAAACCUACCCUGGACGUAAAAGCUGCCCUGAAGAGCAAAAUCCAGGAUAUACUGAGUGGACGCUCGAGGUUCGUUAUCCGUAAGGUGCCCGCAGAAGGGUCCGCGAGGGGAAAGGACUCGAGCAGCGGGGGUCGCACGUCUUCUAACGAACUGGAAAGAGUCUACAGGCUUCCAUCUGUGUCCAGCACUAACCACCAAGUGAAGAAAGACAGGCCGGACUCCCCCGUGGAAGAAGGGAAGAGAAAAAACGAAGGGAAAGACAAUGAAGAUAAAAAGGAGCAGAACGUAAAAGAUGGCGCACAGGAAGAACAUGCAACCAAGAAGAAGGGUAAAGGGAAAAAGGGGAAAAAAGGGAGAGGACGAGGGAAAAAAUCAAACAGAGAGCCAAGUGAGAAGGAUAAAAAAGCUCUGAAGGACUUUUUGCACGCUUUAAAGGGGACAAGAAGGUUAAUGUUGAUCUCAACGCCCAGCAGAGACGCGACACUGUACGUGCAGCAGAGAGACGCCAGCGAGAAGCAGCGCUGCGGUCUCGCUGUUAGGAAGGUCACCGUGGCAAGCGUUGUGGGGGAGGGAAGUGAGGCCACGCUUACGCUGAAACACCACCAGCUGGAGUCGGAGCCGGCACUCAGGGGCCAAUCGGAACAUUUCUCCGAUUCGGGCCUGAUCUCCCUGUUGAGAGCGGAGCUCGGCCUGUCGUCCUCUGACCUCUUUUCCAUGACCGUCACAGACUACGACAUGAAACCCAAAAAAGUAUUUGAGGCUCCUCCUUCAGGCCCGGCCCUGUUCGAGUACAUAGACAACUUUCCCUCAAGGCGUUUGGAAAAAGAAAAAGAAAGGAGGAGUCCCCCGACCUGCUCUGAUGAAAAGCAAAAGCCCGAAGCUCAGAACUCACUACUCAGGUUUGUGUCUAAGAGGAGGCUGCUGCUCAUCUCUGCUCCCUCAGAGGACGACUACUCCUUCCAACAGCAGCUCUCAGCGCUCAGCGGACAGGAGUGUCACCUGGGUAUUCGCCACUUUGCCACGUUGAAGCUGACUGGAACUGGAGACAAAGCUUCAGGAGCUGUUGAGCUAUUUCCCCUAAAUGGUCACAGUCAGAGUGAAGUGGAGCCGUUAUCCGGCGACGCGGUGAACGAUCUGAGGGAACAGCUGAAGAUCAGCAAGGACUACUUCAGCAUGCUGGUGGUGGGGAAGGACAGCAACGUCGAGGCGUGGUUCCCGUCCCCCAUGUGGUCCCUGGACAGCAUCUACGACCUGGUGGACUCCACGGACCUGCGGCUCCAGGAGGAGAAGCUGCAGAAGAGACUCGGGAUCCAGUGCCCCGAGGACAGGGGAACGGGAGGCGUUGAGGGGGGGCAUUAUCCGGGCUAUGGGGAAGACGGGGCGGGCGACACGUACUCGUACCGCCGGUCAGAGGAAUGAUGAGCAAGAAGGAGAUAGAAGAUGCAAUGGAGUGAGAUUCAGGAAACAUGUUCAGGAAUCACAUUGUCAAAGACAAAUGUAAAUUGUGUGUACAUUUCAAAUGUAGGGCAGAAACUUUUAAUAAAAAAUCAGCAAAAGAA